CUCCUCAUCCCUUCCCACUGUCCCCUCAUGCACAUGCAACAGGUUCCGAAUUUCGAAUCCUGCAAUCAAUUACGACUUCUUUAAUCAACCGUGUGAGCCCAAGCUAUCGGUAAGCAUCAAGUGUGACGCCCAUAUUGGACUCACGGACACGGCACGGAACUGGCUCGUAACGCCUCGAUGAAACCCUCUCCGCGGCCGCCAUGAGUGCUUCGAUUUUCGAUAUACAGAGAGAACUUAUUCUCGACACCAUCCGAAAGAAUGCACCGGGAGAGUGGAAAGUCCUCAUCCUCGAUCAGACCAGCCGGAAGCUGGUCGAGAACGUCGUCAAUGAGGACGACAUCAUCAAAGAAAAUGUCUUGAAAAUCGAAGACAUCGAGGCGCGACGCCAGUCCGACCCUGAGAGCGAUGUUAUAUAUAUCCUUACCCCCGAGCAGCACAUUGUGGACUGUCUUAUGGCGGACCUGGAGAAGAGGAGGUACCGGAGAACAUUCCUAGUAUGGACAUCAAUAUUGCCGCCAGAGCAGAGACAGCGUAUCGAUCGCUCGAGCUCAGGACGAGAUCAGAUUGCCAAACUUGGGAUCACGCAUCUGGAUUUCUAUCCUCGAGAGUCACAUCUCGUCACAUUCCGAGAUCCAUGGAGCUUUCCGAUCCUAUAUCAUCCGAGGUGCAGCAAUUUGGUCCAGAAACACAUCUCGGACCUGGCUCAAAAGAUUGUCGGGAUCUGUAUUGCCCUAGGAGAAUACCCUACGAUCCGCUACUACAAACCGAAGGAUCCCCUCCCUUCGCACGAGGCGCAUGUUCUCAGCGACUUCAUCGCCCAAGCGGUCCAAGAUGAGAUCGAUAUGUAUCGUAAAUACCACCAGGACAGCUUUCCACCGGCCACCACUCGUCCCAAAGGCGCACUGUAUAUCCUCGACCGGUCGAUGGAUCUGUUCUCGCCGUUCCUCCACGAAUUCACCUACCAAGCCAUGGCGCACGACCUGCUGCCGAUCCGCGACGGCGAUAAAGUCACGUUCCGCACACUGAUCAACGAAGGGCGACCGGAUGCGGAAGAGAAAGAGAUGGAGAUCGGGGAGAAGGAUCAGCUCUGGGUGGAGAACCGGCAUCGGCACAUGCGGGACACGCUGGAGAAGCUGAUGAGCGAUUUCAAGAAGUUCUUAAAGGAGAACCCGCAUUUUGCGAAUAGCGGCAACGCGAGCAGCCUGAAUGCGAUCAAGGAUAUGCUUGCGGGGCUUCCGCAGUUCCAGGAAAUGAAAGAUGCGUAUACGCUUCACAUUAAUAUGGCCGAGGGCUGCAUGGAAAUCUUCCAGAAGCACAAGCUGCCGGAGAUCGCGCUCCUAGAACAGACACUCGCAACCGGACUCGACGAAGACUAUCGCAAACCCAAAGGCCUUGCCGACCAACUCGUCCGCAUCGUCGACGAAGCGGACGUCACCCCCGCAGAUCGCCUCCGCCUCCUCGCCCUCUUCUCCAUCUACCAAGACGGUCUCAUACCCGCCGACCGCAACCGCCUCUUCGCGCACGCCGCCCUCCCUCCUUCCGAUGAAUCCAUCCUCCUCAACCUCUCCCUCCUCGGCGCCCGUAGCGACCGGCCCCUCGGCACCAAACGCCCCCCCCGCCCGCCAACCCGCCCUUCGCGCUCUCCUCGACGCCCACCCAACGAGUUCCACGCCCUCACCCAGGAGAACGCCUCCAGCGCCUCCCUCCGCACCACCGAGCGCGCAAAGCCCACCUGGGCACGCAGCCGCCUCAACUCCGUCGAGCCGCGUCAGCGCGUCGUGGUGUUUAUCGCGGGGGGGGCGACGUUCAGCGAGGCGCGUGCGUGCUACGAGGUGUCGCGUGCGACCGGGCGCGACGUGUAUCUUGCGACUAGCCACAUGCUCACCCCCGCGCUGUUUCUGAGGCAGUUGGGGGAUCUGUCAAGGGAUCGGGCGCAGUUGCGGAUCCCGGCGUUGAUGCCGCGGCCGAAGGCGCCGGCGCAUUUGUUUGAGGAAAGGCCGGCGGUGGGGUCGACGCCGUCGGGGGGAAGUGGGAGGUCGGGGAGGCCGGUGGGGAUGGCGGGAGGGCCAGGACAGGGGUUGCCGAUUAGGCCGGGGGCCAGUCGGUCGGUGACGGAGGAGAGCCAGGCGCCGUCGUCGUCGGCUACUUCGCAGAAUGGAGGGGGGAAUGAGCGGAAUGAGCGGAAUGGGGGGAAGUUGACGAAGGAUCCGGAUCGGAAGAAGAAGAAGCUCCAUUUCUUGUCGAAGAAAUAAGUGGAGGGAGGGGGGAUCGCUGGCGACGGUGUCUAGGAUGGCAUUGGAUCGCGUGUCUCGUAAUGGAAAUGUGAUGCGGCACUUAUUUAUGAUGCGGGACGUGACACCGGAUAGCCGAAUGUAUGUCGGGUAGAAGUGCAUAUUUCACGAAAUUUGUUUUCAUUGUAACGAUAUCUGAGGAUGUUCUCAACCGUACUUCAUCCACCGUCUCAGAAAAUCGGUAUCAUUUCUUAGGAAAUCUGCAUUCACUCUACAGUGAUGUCACCAUCCCUCCGCCCACAGCUCCAUCACAACAUCCUCCCACAUUCUCUCACGCCGUUGCCCCCUCCCCAUACCCCUUCUGAAUCGCCGCCUCCAACGCCUUCGGAUUCGCGCCCAACACACUGCCAAUAUUCUCCCCGUUCUUGAACAGCAGAAACGUCGG